AUGUCGACAAAGAUCAGCAAAAACCGGAAAUCCGUCUUCACGGAGCUGGGCCUAGACACAGACACGCCGAGCGGGCAUUUCUCAAACGAGCCAGAGUUCACCGAGCUGACGGGGCUCACAUCGCCCACUAGCACUCAUGCGCCGGAAUCCGCCAACAACGACAAUGAAAGCGAUGACGGCAGAGGCGAGAUGGAAAGACGACAGACGCAGCAAAGACAGGAUAAUCAAGACGAGUCGCGGACUGACCCAACGUCCCCUUCAACUUCUCAAAGACCGUGGUACGCCCGGAUGGGCUCACUUCGUGUAAGCCGGGUGCGCCGGCCAAGAAUCAAGACUGUGUCAAGUGCGCCGCCUCCCAGCAUGUCCACCAUUACACGACUUUCGUCGUUUGCGCUGCUCAUUGCCGUUCUGCUGCCCGGCUUUAGUUAUUAUCAGGGCCGUGAGGAGGUUACGGCAAAUGUCGCGGGCGCCGGCGUGACGCAUCCGACAGCAGCCGAAGCCGCCCCCGUGCUCGAGCCGAGGGCAUCCAGCGAUUCCAACCCGGCGCUUGUUUGCAAGCGGUGGGCCCAUCAGAGCGCGCAGCUCAACGGCACGCUGUACAUAUACGGUGGCCAGGCGACGACUUCCGAGGACCAGACGACGGACACCUGGAACAACAACUUCCUCGUCCUGGAUCUUACAAAGUCUUGGGAUACGAGCUCGCCAGCAUUGCUGAGCCUCCCUCAACCCUCCGGGCCUCCCGCCAUCUCCUUGGGCUAUCUUUGGAAUGACUACAAUAACCUCUACCUUUACGGAGGACAGUUCGCCGACAACCCCUUCGUCGAGCCAGCCCCUAUAUCCACUUGGAGGUACUCCAUCAGCAGCCAGACCUGGACCGAGUACCCGUCGCCCAGGACUUUGGGUGGCAAGUAUGCUGAAGGUAACCAGCCAGUUCAACGUGCUGCCGAGGGUGCGGGAAUUUCCGUACCGGAACUGGGUCUAAGCUGGUACUUUGGCGGCCACCUUGACAUGCACACUACCCCGGGCUGGUCCAACCAAAUUGCGCGUGUCUACCUCAAGAGCCUGCUCGAGUUCACCCACCCGGGAUAUACCAACGACGCCGUCUACUCGCUUGCCGACGGGACCGGGGCCGGCGAGGGCGGCGCCUACCGGAACAUAACCGAGGGCGGCCUGCAGGCUGCCGACGCGUUUCCCGAGAGAGCCGACGGUGUCCUGGUCUUUGUCCCUGGCUGGGGUGAAAAAGGGGUGCUCAUCGGCCUGGCGGGCGGUAGCAACGACACCUUUGUCGACGACCUUUCGCGGCUCGAUGUGUACGACAUUGCAAGCUCCGAGUGGUACCACCAAGAAACGACGGGCGAGGCGCCGUCUGUGAGGGUUAACCCGUGCGCGGUCACUGCAUCGGCUCCGGAUGCGUCCAGCUUUCAGAUCUACUUGUACGGCGGACAGAAUUUGGUACCCUAUCGGGAACAAGUCCAGUACUCUGACAUGUAUAUCCUCACCAUCCCCGCCUUUACUUGGAUCAAAGUCCCCGCCCCGACCGACAGUCCUCCCGCUCGAGCUGGGCACACCUGUACUCUGCGCGACGGACAAAUCAUCAUUGUGGGCGGCUACAUCGGCAAUAAUCCCUCGUGCGAGUCGCCAGGUAUCCACAUCUUCAACGCCACAUCCCUCCUCUUCCAAUCCGCCUUCCACUCCCUGGACCACCCGCCCGACCACCACCCUGAGAACUCGGUCCUCGCCGCCUCCUUCGGCUACGCCGUCCCAGACAUCGUCGCUUCGGUAAUCGGCGGCUCCCCAUCGGGCGGCGCGACCGCCACGACCCCGGCCGCGGGCCCCGCCACGGGAGGGCCCUUCGCAACGGGCAAACCCCCCGUCUUCACGGUCACGAUGCCUGGGGGAGCCGGCCCGACGGCCACCAUCACGCAGCCUGCUGGCGAUCCGGGCCAUCCUCCCAACAACAUCGGCGGGCUGAUCGCGGCGGGCGUGUUGGCCGGCCUAGCCGGGCUCACGGCGGCGUAUCUGGGGUAUUGCGCCUGGCUGUAUCGGAGGCAGGUCAAGGCCUACAAAAGCCACGUCGCGGCCGCGAAUCGGUACAGUGCCGCGGGCGGCGCCUCGGGGGAUCUUGAACCCCCGGCGAGUGGGAUGGCUCCGGCGAUGGCGGGGAAGGGGACGAGUUGGAGGUGGGGUGUCGUGGCUGGUUCAGAUUCGGAGGAGAAGACGGAGAAGGGAGCGUGGGGGAGGGAGCGGGUCAGCGGUGCCGGUGCUCCUCCGCUGGCUGUGGCCGCGACGAACCGCUUCUCCACGUCGACGGUCGAUUCCGUGUCUGGCUGGGCGGUGCGGCCUACCGAGCCGCGUUUCUUUGACGAGGAGCGGCCUAGUCUGGGGAGCGGCACGGGGAGUGGGAGCGGUUUCGGAAGCAAUAGCGGUAGCGGUACCGGGACUACACCUGGGGUUGGGCCGACGAGGCCACUACGGCGGGGUGACAGCGUCAGCGGUGGUAGCACUUCGUCGACCGAGAGGCUGCUGGACGGGCAGGAGCCGAGCUUUUUCAGUGUUGUGCUUGGACCGAGGAGAGCGCUGAGGGUCGUUAAUGGUCUUGAGGGGGACAGAGACAACGGCGGAGAGUAG